AACGAAAAAUUUAACGCCAAUAGCAUAUGAAUGUGCAUCUGGUAUUGAUAACGAUUUAAAUAAAUUGUUGAUCGAAAACAAAUAUCGAUUGCCAUGGAUUCCUUAUGAUGAAUUCAAUAUAGUUAAGAUGAUAGGAAAAGGUGGAUUUGCAAUUGUUUAUGCUGCAAAUUGGUUUGAUAAAAGCC